CCCCGCACUCAGCUUACUGUAUCGUCUGUAUAUAUAUUUGUUCAUCCUCGGGUAUUGCUAUAUAGAUCCUCUAUUAUACUUUCUUUAUUCCUUUGGUAGGGUAUUGAAGAGCUUUAAAACGCCGUCAAGGAACACCUCUCGCUUCAGUUAUUAAAUUCCAUCUCGACUAUCCCUAAUACCACCAUGUCCGCCGAACGCCGCUGGGACGAGCGCCACUUCCAUCUCGAAGAAUCAACCACCCAAAACGGUGGAGCUCGCACUAUCUUCAUUGAACACAUGACGCCCGGUACCACCGUCCCACCUCACUUCCACACCCGCUUCGCCGAGACCUUCGAUCUCCUCAGCGGCUCCAUCUCCGUCUACAGCAGCACGACCCCCGACCUCGAGGUCUUGGAAGCCUCAGUCACGCCUCUGGAGAUCGGCAAAACGUCCAGUGUUGAGCCGGGGGUGUACCACAAGUACCAAGUCGGCCCGGAACAGACGGAGCUCAGAGUGAUUAUCACGCCGGGCGACGCGGAUUUUGAGAAGGCGCUGAUGGUGAUGAAUGGACUGCAUGCGGAUGGGAAGAUGGCGGGGCUGGCGGAUAGUGUGUUGCUUAUGGCGGUGGCUAUGGACUUAUGUGAUGCGCAGCUCAUUGGGCCGGCAGCGGGGAUGCUGGAGGGCGUUAGGGCAGAGAAGAAAGAUGAAGUUCAGGCACUGAAAAAGGAGCUUCUAGAGAAAUAUGAUACGGAGGAGGCUUUGAAAGGGUUGCUGGCUAAAUUUGAGUAAGUUGCGCAUGAUGCAAGGACGAUGUGUAUCCUAGGGAAUAUGCACAUAUUUUAUUUUAGUUGGUAUUUGUAAUUGUAUCGUAGUGAGUAGGCGCAUCUUAUCGACCAGCCCAGC